GCCUAGUGACUGGCGUGUUCGACAGGUUGGACAUGGAGCCCCAGAAGAAAAGAAAAAGGCUUACUUUGGACGAGAAAGCGGCCAUAAUUCGUGCUGUAACAAGGGAACAGACGAAAUGUGACGUGGCUGCAGCACAUGGCAUUCCAGCCAGUACCCUUUCUACAAUAUUGAAGGGGAACGACGACAUCCUCCGCGCCACUUCGUCUGGGAACCUCGCGCACAAAAAAGCACUGAAGACUACCCCCCAUGGCAAGGUGGAAGAGGCCCUUUUCGCAUGGUUUACGGAUGUGCGGGCAAAGAACAUUUCCGUCAGUGGUGACCUGCUGCAACAAAAAGCUCGCUCUUUCGCAUGCCUGCUGGGUGAUGACGAGUUUAAAGCAAGUCCUAGCUGGCUGUCGCGCUUCAAAGAACGGUACAGCAUCGUCGGGAAGGUGCUCAGCGGUCAAGCGAGCUGUGUGAACAUGGCUGUAGUCGGCGACUGGCUGUCAGAAAAUGUGCUCGACAUUCUUGGAAAAUACACUCCCAGCGACGUCUACAAUGCCGACGAGAGCGGCCUCUUUUACCAGAUGCUACCUAAAAAGACUCUCGCGCUGAAGGGCCAGACGUGCCAUGGCGGUAAGCACAGCAAACAGAGGCUCACUCUCUUGCUGUGCGUUAACAUGGACGGCAGCGACAAACGAGACCCCCUUGUUAUCGGCAAGAGCGCAAGGCCGCGAUGCUUUAAGGGCACGAAAAGGCUUCCUGUGAAGUACGUUGCAAACUCACAAGCUUGGAUGUCGCGUGCCAUUUUCACCACAUGGCUCGAAGAAUUUGACAGCGACAUGCGCCGCCAGAAAAGGAACGUCUGCCUGUUGCUGGAUAACUGCACCGCCCACUACGUGCCAGCGGUUGAGCUCACCAACAUGGAGCUCCGGUACUUCCCCCCAAAUGCUACGUCCGUGGUCCAGCCUCUAGACCAAGGGAUUAUUAAUAGCGUUAAGUGCGCAUACAAGCGUCGAGUCGUUGAAAGGGUUCUUCUGAACCUGGACCUGAAGCGCGAUACGAAGAUCGAUGUCUUCAUGGCGGUUGAGAUGGUGGCGGCGGCUUGGAGGGCAACGAGGCAGUCGGUAAUUGUCAACUGCUUCAGGAAUUCUGGCUUCGGUACGCCAGGCCGCGAAACUGCCGAAGCUGCACCGGACUGCGCGGGCGCCGUGCACCAGCACGAAGAUGCCUGGGAGCGCCUUCGCUUAGCGGAUGAAGUGCCGACAGGGAUGAGUUUCUCCAACUACGUAAACGCUGACGCAAACGCCGUCACGACUGAAGUUCUGGAUGACGGGGACAUCUUGAGGCUUGUUGGAAGCGUGGAGGGAGUGGCGGCUGACGAUGUUGACGACGACAGUGAGGUUACCGAAGCUCCCGUGCCGACACCAGGCCAAGUGAUGGAUGCAAUUGACCUGCUGCGGCAGUUUGCUGGAGCACACGAGGGAACCGAAGAUGCGCUGGAUGCACUUCAGGCCUACGAGAAGUCAGUCCGGCCGCUGCUCACAAAGCGCACGCAAGCAAAGAUAACCGACUUCCUUGCUGGAAAAUAAACGUGUAGUCCCCUGUGGCCCUCUUCGUUGAGGUAACAAUUCUCGUUCUCUUUCUUUACAUGCUAGCGA